AUGGCGUGCAUCAACCUCCUUCGCGCAGUUCGCCUUUUGGUGUGUGGGCUUUGCCUGCUGCUGGGCACAGUACAGGUGGCUUUGGCUCAGGACAGCUCCCUCUACAAUGAGCUGGAAGACUUGAGCAGCGGGGAGGAUUCGGUACGAUUUCCUCAAGUACGCGACGUGCAAUUACGGCGGACGUACAUGGCGCUGGUCAGCAUGUUCAGCGACGCCUCCCGGGAAGCCGCCGACAGGUACGGGUGCUCGGAGCUGAGAAUGCUCUCAAACGACCUGGACAGCCACAUUCGCACCGUCAACGACAACACGGAAAAGCCCGACCGUCUGGAGCUGAAAAGGAGGGCCGCUCCGGAGGAGAACGACAACUCAGGCGAGGAGCGGGAGAGCAUGGUCACAAGGGUCUUGUCAGAACUCGCCUUCGUCACCACCAACAAUGGCCAUGAUACGGAACAAAAAUCAACAGCGGCACAACACCCGGCAGCUGCGAAGAGAGGACUUCUCAGCGGUAUCGGCAAGCUUCUCGGCGGUGGUGAUGGAGACGCCGGAGCCGACAGCGCCGCCGUCGAGGGAAUGGGCAAGGCCAUGGGCGGCAUCUUCAACAAGCUCCUCUCCGCGACCGGCAGCGGCCUCGCCGGCGCGGGCUUCUUCGGCGGCGUCGGCAUCGGCGAGGGCGCCGCCCAGGGCCUGAACCUCAGCACCCCCGACAAGACCAAGACGCUCGGCGCGCAGGUCGCGCAGGAGAACGGCAUGAAAAGCUCCGGCCUCAACCCCAUCAUCCAAAACGCCGCCAUGGGCCUGACCGCCACCGCCCUCCGCGCCGUCACCGGCAGCGGCGUCCUGAACGCGCUGCAGCUGCCCUCCCUCGCCGACGCCGCCGACGCCCUCGGCAGCGGCAUCGGCAGUGGCGGCGCCGUGGGUCUAGGUCUCAGCAAGAGUGCGGGCAUGUCGCCCGCGGCGCUGAACAGCUCCGGCCUGGUGGGCGGUAUCGGCGCGCUGGGGUUUGGCGCUACACGCGCGCUCACGUCAAACGUCAACUUCUCCGCGCUGCUGCCGGCCGCCGGUGGGUUGGACAUCGGCCGCAUCGCGCUGACGACGGGCCAGGGCAUCGGCGCCGGCGCGGCGGGCGGGCUGAAGCUCACCAAGACGGACGCGGGGCCGCCGCUGCCGGCGAGCAACGCGGACAUACCCGGCAUCGCGGGCACCUUUGCGUUCGGCCUCAGCAAGGCGCUCGCGGGCAGCCUCAACGUCAGCGCGCAGAGCCUCGGCGCGAUGCUGCCGCCGGUCGACUUCGCGUCCGCCGCGCUGAGCGUCGGCGACGGCAUUGGUUCCGGCGCGGCGCUCGGCCUGAAGCUGACCCAGAACGACACCAGCGGGUUCGGCACCCCGGCGGCGCCAGCAGCCGCAGCAGCGGGUGGCCCGAUCGACCUGUCCAAGAUUGCGGGUACCCUGGCGUUUGGCGUCAGCAAGAGCCUGACGGGGUCGCUCAACGCGAGCGGCGCGAGCCUGUCGAGCCUGAUCCCGGCGGACGCGGACGUCGGGGGCAUCAUCCUCGGCGCGGGCCGCGGCAUCGGCAGCGGCGCCUCGGCCGGUCUCGGCCUCUCGGACCUGGCCGGCAGCCUCACCAACAACAACAACAACAACAACAACAACAACAAGAACCUGAGCGCCCGCGCCGACCCGGCAAACCCGCUGGCAGACGUGGCCGGGUUGGUGGAAAAGUUCACCUUUGGCCUCAGCAACUCCUUCACGGACAAGAUCAACCUCACCUCGCAGGUCAAGAACCUCGCGGGCGCGCUGCCCUCGGUGGACCUCGGCGCGACCGUUUCGGGCGUCGGGUCCGGGCUCGGCCUCGGCAUCGCCAAGGGCCUGGACCUGGGCAACAAGGCGGUCGUGCCCCCGCCGAAGCCGACCUCGUUCAAGGACCUGCCGGAGCUGGCGGCGACGUUUGCGUUUGGGCUGAGCGACUCGUUGGUGGGCCAGCUCAACGUCACAGGGCUGACCAAGGAGCUGGUCAAGAACGCGGGCGGGCUGGCGGCCCAGUUUGCGACGCCGGUGGCGUCCGGCCUCGGGAAGGGCAUUGGUAUCGGCGCGGCCGUCGGCCUGGGGCUACAGCCCGAGUCGGCCAUCACGCCGCCCGCCAAGGACGCGGCGGCAGGGACGGAGGGUAGCGACGCCAUGGGCGGCAUCGACGCGGAGGGGCUCUCGCAGAGCUUCGCUGCGUCGCUGACGUCGGGCCUGCUGGCGAACAACACCGCCGGCGAGCUCCUCAAGAGCGUGUCCGGCAGCGGCGGCAGCGGUACGGACGGCGGCGGCAUCGGCUCGCUCCUCGCCAACGUGGACGUGCCGCGGGUGGCCAACGGUCUGGCGCGCGGCUUGCUGACCGGCGCGGGAGACGGCGUGCAGGCGCUCGGCGGCAUCGACGCCAUCAUCAAGGGCAGCGCAGUGGCGCCCGCGGGGGCCAUCCCGGAGACAAAGGUCGACUUCAACGACUCUGCCAACGGCGCGGCCAUCGGUCUCGGCCAGGGUCUGGGUACGUCCGGCGUCGUCACCCUGCAGAAGCUACUGGCCAAGGGCCUCGGCUCGAACAGCUCGAGCAACCCACAGCGACGGGACCUGGCCGUCUUCGGUCGUCGGCAGGAGGAUGAUGGCGCCGGCGCGCCGCUCAACCUGAGCCGUCUGGUGGAUGCGUCGGCCGUCUCGACAAUCGGGCAAAAGGGCAUCGACGUGCUGACGUGCGACGGCGUCGCGGGUCUGUUCCUUCUCGCGCUGGGGCUGCAGAAGAGCGGCACCGUGUCGCUGGAGACGCCGAGCGGGAACACGCUGGAGACGCUCAAGUCACUCAUCCCAAAGGGCAUCAUCGAGGUGGAAUCGCGGGGAAACACGUUUUCCAUUGACGGCACGCAGCUCGCAGACAAGCUGGGACAGUCGGCUCUGAGCCUGGCGUCGACGCUGACCAUCAAUGGUCGCCCGGUUGUUACGUAUGCGGUGCUCCUGGCGCUUCACAUCGUCAUUGCCGUUCUUGCCUUGUAUAUUAUUUGGCCUCUGGUCCUGACCUUUGGCAGCAUGCAGACAAUGGCUGCACGCUUUCGCAUCCCGGUGCUUCUCACUAGGCGGACUGCCAAGGCGAGCAAGAUAUUCCGACUCUUUGUUUUGCCGCCGUCUCUGCUUCUCAUUCUCAUUUUUGGCGUCCUGUCCGGUGCAGCAAAAGGCCACUUCCGCACAGCCCAUGGUAUUCUCAGUCUCUUCACGCUCAUCUUUGCUAUUGCUGCGGUUGCUCUUUCCUUCAUCGCCAAGCCAACGCAGCUCACCUCCGGCGACCCGAUGUCGUUGACCGUCAAGCCGAACCUCGUGACGUGGGCCUCGCACGCCUGCAACCAGGUCCUUCUCGCGCUGCUCCUCCCAACAGCCACCACCGGCUUCACAGACCUGAACAGCGUGACGCUCUGCCUCACCCGCUCGAUCGUGUCGCUCGAGCUGGCCGUGGGUCUCGGAAUGGGCCUCGUGUUCGUCUUUUUGCUCGGCCAGUACACCAGCUCACUUGAAAUGCUCCUCCUUAUUACGGGGAACAGGGCUGCAAGGACCAACAUGCUCGUCAAGGUGGCGAGUCCGCCUGAGGUGGUGACUGGCGUCGAGAUCGGGCCACCGGUUCUUCGAAGCGCCAGCCCCGUCAAUUUCAACGGCAUGGAAAGUCGGGAGAAUAUCACCGGCGAAGAACCGAAAAAUUUUAUAUAA